AGAAAGUUUCACCAGCUGACUUCUCCUCUGGCUUCUCUGUAAGACGGACAGAAGGCUGAAACUCAAGAUGAGGGUUUGGAUCUUCUUCCUGUUCUGCCUCGCUGGCAAGACUCUGGCAGCUCCAACUGAAGAGGAGCCAGCUGUUGAAGAGGAGCUGGAAGUGGGAAUAAACCCAGUCCAGGUGGAGACCGGAGAGUUUGAUGAAGCCAUUGAGGUCGUGGAGGAUGUUAUUGCUGAGAACCCCUGCCUAAACCAUCACUGCAAGAAGGGCAAAGUGUGUGAGGUAGAUGACAGCAACCAGCCCAUGUGUGUGUGCCAGGACCCUUUGACCUGCCCCGCUCCAAUCGGAGACUUCGAGCAUGUCUGCGGCACUAACAACAAGACCUACGAGUCCUCCUGCCACUUCUUUGCCACCAAAUGCUCUCUGGAGGGCACCAAGAAGGGCCACAAGCUGCACAUGGAUUACAUCGGACCCUGCAAAUACAUCGCUCCCUGCUUGGAGAAUGAGCUGAAUGAGUUCCCCCUGCGCAUGAGAGACUGGCUGAAGAACGUGCUGGUGACUUUGUAUGAGCGUGAUGAGGACAACAACCUGCUCACCGAGAAGCAGAAACUCAGGGUGAAGAAGAUUUACGAGAAUGAGAAGAGGCUUCAGGCUGGUGAUCACUCUCUGGACCUUUUGGCCCUGGACUUUGAAAAGAACUACAACAUGUACAUCUUCCCCGUUCACUGGCAGUUUGGCCAGCUUGACCAGCACCCUAUUGAUGGGUUCCUGUCCCACACUGAGCUGGCCCCUCUGCGUGCUCCUCUUAUCCCAAUGGAGCACUGCACCACCAGCUUCUUUGAGCAGUGCGAUGCUGACCAAGACAAGUACAUCGCUCUGGAGGAGUGGGCAAACUGCUUCGGGAUCAAAGAGCAGGAUGUCGACAAAGACCUUGUCAUCUAAGGACGUCUUCCAUUGAUGCUUCCUAGUUAUUAUUGGGGGGAGGUGCUAACCCUUAAGUUAAAAUCAAAGUAAAGGUGCUAAUUGCGAUUUCUAACAAGCUGCAUAUACCACUAAACAUUCAAAAUGUUUAAAAAAGUGCACAGUUCACACUGUAGCUAUAUCACAACAAGUGAUUAAAUACUGGCCAAUUUUUUACGUUAGCUGAUGUCAGCCAAACAAGAGAGUUAAAUAUUAUGAACCAUGUAUAUUGCAAGAUACACUUUUUGUUUUGGAUCUACAAUUUCUUUUAAAAACUCAGAUUCAGGGCUUGAAUUGUAAGUUUGGAUGGUGGAGAUGUACAAAAAAAAAAAAAUAAUAAAGUUUCCAAAUAAAUGUUCUUUCUGCUUGCUUUAUAAACUUUUAGUUUUGUUUGUUGCACUCUUUGGUGGUGGAUUUACUUUUUGAUUUUUUUUAAAGAGUCUUUUAAUUUGAGCCCUGAAUAUCUGCAGGCUGAUGUUUUUUAUUUGCAUAUUUUUCCUGUCAGAAAUCAGGGCCAAAUGUUGAGUGUUUUUAAAGCUGAAUAAUAAAAGGAAAUAAUAUUUGAAUUGAAGAGGACAGAAUCUCGCCGGAUGAGAUUUAUUUUUAUUUUUUUCUCCCUCUAGCAUGUUCACAUACAUUUGCAGUAUUUGCCACAAUGUGAGCACUAUGAAUCUCUUUACAUAAAUAAAAGCUACUGAAAUGUCCAAAC